AGGGACGCGCGACCCCGCGAUGGGCCCAGGGGCGCGGCUGGCGGCGCUGCUGGCGCUGCUGGCGCUCGGGGGAGACCCCGCGGCGGCCACCGGGCGGGAGGACACGUUCUCCGCGCUGACCAGCGUGGCGCGCGCCCUGGCGCCCGAGCGCAGGCUGCUGGGGACACUGAGGCGCUACCUGCGCGGCGAGGAGGCGCGGCUGCGCGACCUGACCAGAUUCUAUGACAAGGUACUUUCUUUGCAUGAGGACUUGAAGAUCCCUGUGGUGAAUCCUCUACUUGCCUUCACUCUCAUCAAACGCCUGCAGUCUGACUGGAGGAAUGUGGUACAUAGUCUGGAGGCCACUGAGAACAUCCGAGCUCUGAAGGAUGGCUAUGAGAAGGUAGAACAAGACCUUCCCGCCUUUGAGGACCUCGAGGGAGCAGCAAGGGCCCUGAUGCGGCUGCAGGAUGUGUACAUGCUCAACGUGAAGGGCUUGGCUCGAGGCGUCUUCCAGAGGGUCACGGGCUCCUCCAUCACCGACCUGUACAGCCCCAGGCAGCUCUUCUCUCUCACAGCGGAUGACUGCUUCCAAGUUGGCAAGGUGGCCUAUGACAUGGGGGAUUACUAUCAUGCCAUUCCGUGGCUGGAGGAAGCUGUCGGUCUCUUCCGGAGAUCCUACGGAGAGUGGAAAACAGAGGACGAGGCCAGUCUGGAAGAUGCCCUGGAUUACUUGGCCUUUGCCUGUUUCCAGGUAGGAAAUGUUUCAUGUGCCCUCAGCCUCUCCCGAGAGUUCCUUGUCUACAGCCCAGACAAUAAGAGGAUGGCCAGGAAUGUGUUGAAAUAUGAAAGGCUCUUGGCUGAGAAUGGUCACCAGACAGCGGCCGAGACUGCAAUUCAGAGGCCCAACGUACCUCACCUGCAGACCAGGGACACCUACGAGGGGCUAUGCCAGACCCUGGGCUCCCAGCCUACACACUACCAAAUCCCCAGCCUCUACUGCUCCUACGAGACCAAUUCCAGCCCCUACCUACUGCUCCAGCCCGCCCGCAAGGAGGUCGUCCACCUACGACCGCUCGUAGCUCUCUACCAUGACUUUGUCAGUGACAAGGAAGCUCAGAAAAUCCGAGAGCUUGCAGAACCAUGGCUCCAGAGAUCAGUAGUGGCUUCAGGGGAAAAGCAGUUGCAAGUGGAGUACCGCAUCAGCAAAAGCGCCUGGCUAAAGGACACAGUUGACCCAAUGCUGGUGACCCUUGACCACCGCAUUGCGGCCCUCACGGGCCUCGACAUCCAGCCUCCCUAUGCAGAGUACCUCCAGGUGGUGAACUAUGGAAUCGGAGGGCACUAUGAGCCUCACUUUGACCAUGCUACGUCGCCCAGCAGCCCCCUGUACAGGAUGAAGUCUGGGAACCGAGUGGCAACGUUUAUGAUCUAUCUGAGCUCCGUAGAGGCUGGAGGAGCCACGGCUUUUAUCUAUGGCAACUUCAGUGUGCCUGUGGUUAAGAAUGCUGCACUGUUUUGGUGGAACCUGCACAGGAGCGGAGAGGGGGAUGGUGACACACUUCAUGCUGGCUGUCCUGUGCUGGUGGGAGACAAGUGGGUGGCCAACAAGUGGAUACAUGAGUAUGGGCAGGAAUUCCGAAGACCCUGCAGCACCAACCCUGAAGACUGAGACACCGGCAGAUGGUAGCUUGUCAGAGAAGCCGGGAGCCAAAGCCAUGGGCCGAGGGGAGCGGAUCCUCCUGAAGGGAGGCCUCCAGCAGGGCUGCUGCCUGUGAGUCAAGGCUAGGACUUUACCAGGAGCCCCCAUCCCCCAAAUUUGCAUCUGUUUCUACUCCAGCUGUGCGACUUAGAGUCGAAUGGACAAGACAAAGAGGCCUAAGAGGUCUCUAGGGAGCUGACUUCCUUAGGAGUAAAAGGAUUGAGCUCAGUGUAGAAACUCAGUGUUUAGAAUGUGCCUGGGUUUAGUUCACUAACACUGAACACACACCACAUACACACACACACAUAUAUA